AUGUCAUUUUAUACUAUAUCACGUCACGGUCAUUCAGGUGAUUUAACAAUUUCAACUGUUGCUCAUAUAAAUCGUUUAUGGGAUAUUUUAACACGUCCACCUGAUAUACCAACAUUAGAAAGUUCAAAGUUAUCAACAUUAUCUCAUAAAUUAAAUCUUAUUGAAAAUAUGAUUGAUAAUUUUGUUAAUUUAAUUGAUAAAUAUGGUUUUAUACCAAAUAGAAAUCGAACUUAUUAUCUUAAUAGAUCUCAAUCACCUGUUUUUACUUGUAUGAUUGAUUUAUUAUCAAAUUUUAAUUUUAAUUUAUCAAAUAUUUGA